AUGCGCGAAAUUACAUUUUCGCAAAUGACGAGACCAAGAGCCGAUGUGAAGAAGCUAAAGUUUUCUUCAGCGGAGCUCAGGUCUCUAGCCCUGCAAACCCACUGAUUUCGACUGCAAGCUGGUGAAAGGAAACCUCUAGAGGGGGGGCUGAGUGCUGUCAGCCUCUUGGGACUCUUCAACCUUUCAAAUGCUUGUAGUUUUGCCUUCGCCGACAGAUUCGUUAGGCUCUUCUGGCAGCACAGGACACAGGACAGGGGUAUUGAAAUAGGAUUCGAAGAAUUUGUUCGGCUUCUGAGUAUAUGGACUCGGGUUUUAUUCCACAUCUAUGACAGAGGAAACAAGGGGGUUAUUCUCGAGAGGCACUCAGAAGAUGUUGUUAAACAGUAA